AUGGCCAACGUGUGCAUUCAGAUGUGUGAGUCCAUGUACCAGCUGCCGUCCCGAAUUUCCUGCUUCCUGCUCAUGCUUAUCCAGGGAGGAAUACUUAACUAUUAUCUGGUAACCCACAAAAAUGUCUACUGGUAUGGCUGGAUUGGUGCAGAUGUUGCAAUCGCAUUUGUGCUAUUUGUGGCUUUUAUGAUUUCGUAUCGACAUCUUAAAUAUAUUCGGAGAUCGAGUACCAGUAACAGGCCCAUCCAGGCUGGUAGUCUGCCCCUGGGUUACUUUGCUUGGUUUAUUUACUCGCUUGCCCUGGCAGGAAGGGUAGGAAUAAUUUUCAAUGACUUUGCUUGGAAACUCAAUGAAGAAGAUGUGUUUGGACCAAAUACUUUAAAAAUUACCAUCUCCUUAGCUGCUAUUAUAUUUUUGUUGCUGUUGAUGAGUCAUCACGAUGCUGAACCAAACACUAAACGUCGUUACUACAUCGAGGAAAUGACCGCCACAGUCGUGUUUGACAUUCUGGAUUCUGUGGACGCUCUGGACAUUAUGUUUGAGAAAAACGACAUUGACGAUUUGCCCAAUGGAAUGGGGUUGUGUAUCAUCAGCAUUUCCUGCCUAAACCUGAUCCUGCCGGUUUUUCCGCUGUGUACACUGAGUCGAACCCACUUUGGACAUCACGUGAACCACGAGACGAUCAUCCUCUUACAUAAACUGUCACUGGUUUUUGUAGUCAAUCUGCCAUUACUGGUGUUCAGGCUAGUUUUGUGGCAUGCUCUCAGUAAAGAAAUCUCCAUUUUCCCGGUAAAGAACGUGAUUGUGAUGUUUCUAGUUUUUCAAGAUCUGUACGAGAAAAAUCGACAGAAACUACGGGCAAGAGACGAGACGGACUCCACAGCCUCCCAUGAGAUGAAACGAUUUCCCGUCCUGUCGUGA